AGGUAGUCGCAUGAUAACUACCUAUUGAGUAUUCACCUGAGGUUCUUAUAAAAGCACCUGACUACCGAGUCACAAUCCAUUCGAUCGCAGCUCCAAUGAAAAGAAGGUUUGUCUAGUGAGAAAGUAAAUCGUGUGAUGUCUUAACUCAUACAACACCAAAAUGAAGCAAAUUUCUAUUUUACUAAUAGUAACCCUCGUCGUUGCAAGUCCCGCCAAAUCUGCUCUUAGCCAAGAUGAACUGAAGAACUUUUUGGCCACCGAGUACGAAAAAUCGGCGUCUGCUAUGUGCACGAAGGCCAACGAAGCAGAAUGGAACUACGAAACGGACAUCAACAACAAAGAAAAGCAGGACAUUUUGCUCAAUGUGACUCUGGAGUCCGCCGCUUUGGCCAAAAAGUACUGGCAAGAUUAUUUCAAAGACCUCAACCCUGACGACUACCAAGACGAACAGCUCAAAAGACAAGUCAAAAAUUUGAGGAUUUUGGGAAACGCUGCACUGAAUGAAGAAAAACUGACCAAACUAACCAAAGCUACCAACAACAUGACCAACAUCUACAGUACUGCUAAAAUCUGUCCCUUCAGUAACCAAAAGUGCGACCUAUCCAAAGAAGGUUUAUCUCUCGAACCCGGAAUCGAAGAAAUUUUGGCGAAAUCCACAAACUACGACGAGUUGGUUUACGCUUGGAAAGCCUGGAGAGAUGCUUCCGGUGCCAAAAUAAGAAGUCUGUACCAAACAUACGUAGAACUGUCCAAUGAAGCCGCCGUCGCUAACAAGUUUAAGGAUAAAGGAGAACUGUGGAGGGACAGCUACGAAUCGCCUACUUUUAUCCAGGACAUCGAUGAUCUGUGGACCCAAGUCGAACCACUCUAUGCAGAACUCCACAAGUACGUCGGUCGCAAACUCAAAGAACGUUUUGGUAGUAAGCUUGACAUUUCUGACGGGCUUAUCCCGGCGAACGUCCUCGGGAACAUGUGGGCCCAAGAAUGGAACAACAUAGCCGAGCUGGUGCGGCCUUUCCCGCAAGCCAGUAAAGUCGACGUGGAUGCCGCCCUCAAACAACAAAAGUACUCAGUUUUGGACAUGUUUAAAACCUCCGACGAGUUCUACAAGUCCAUGGGUUUAAUCCCGAUGGAAGUGUGCUACAAUACUAGUGCAGGAGCCAUGAUUGAGAAACCCACCGAUGGUAGAGAAGUACUGUGUCACGCUAGCGCUUGGGACUUCUGCGACGGUCACAAUUAUAGAAUCAAAAUGUGUACGAACAUCAAUUUCGAGGACUUUAUUGUCAUCCACCAUGAGAUGGGACACAUCCAGUACUUCAUGCAGUACGCCAAGCAGUUGGUGAUCUUCCGGGAUGGAGCCAACCCAGGGUUCCACGAAGCCAUAGGUGACACGAUUGCGCUGUCGGUGUCCACGCCCAAGCACCUACAAAAGAUCAAUCUAGUGAAGAACUACACCGAUAGUACCGAAGCUGCGAUUAACGCCUUAAUGGACACAGCGUUGCAGAAGGUGGCGUUCUUGCCUUUCGGGCUUCUUAUUGACAAGUGGAGAUGGGACGUUUUCUCGGGUAGGGUUACCCAAAAUCAGUGGAAUUCCCACUGGUGGGAGUACCGGAAGAAGUACCAGAAGGUGAAGCCACCGGUAGAGAGGUCGGAGAACGAUUUUGACCCAGGGGCGAAGUUCCAUGUGGCCGGAGAUUCGCAAUAUAUUGCGUAUUUCGUGGCGCAUAUUUUGCAGUUUCAGUUUUAUAAAAGUCUGUGUGUUGCUGCUGGUGAAUAUAGCCCAGAUUCUAAAGAAGUACCGCUGCAUAAGUGCGACUUUUAUGAGUCGAAGGCUGCUGGGGAUUUGCUGAGCAAGGGUCUGGCUUUGGGUGCUAGUAAGCACUGGAGUGACGCCCUGGAGCUCAUGACUGGGUCAAGGAAAUUGGACGCCAUCCCACUUUUGGAGUACUUCAACCCACUCUACACAUACUUGAAGGAACAAAAUUCCAAAUACUAGACAAAAUUGUACUUUAUUCACUGUCAUUUGUCACAAAAAGUCAAUAAAAACCUUAAAACAUUA